AUGGGGCUUAUUGAUGGCAUCUCUCCUGGUGGCAGCUUGGCUCUCGGUAUUAUAGUCGGGGCUGUCCUUAUUGCCACCUUUGGUACCAUCCCCUCUCCGGCACACAAGCUGAGCGAGCUACUGGAGCUUCUCAGCAGGAAGCCGUUCGUGAUUUGGAUGUCGUUCCAGGCUGUCAUCAUUGUUGGCUUGGCCUUGGCAACUGACAUCGUCAGCUAUUUUACAACUCUGAUGCAGGACCAUCGAUUCCGUCUCACCCGUGGGUUCUCAUAUGGAUUUAUCAGUGGCACACUCUCUGCUCACUCCUUGCUGUUUGCCAAGUCGGCAGUGGAGUUGCUCGUGAGGACAAUCGUUAAUAAAGACAACCAGUUCGUUCAUUGGCAGGCGUGGAUGAUUGUUGUCGGGCUUUUGAUUCUUGCUCUGACACAGCUCUAUUAUCUACACCGCGGCUUGAAGCUGGUUUCGACUUCCGUCCUAUACCCCUUUAUAUUCUGCAUUUACAACAUCAUCGCAAUUCUCGAUGGCUUAAUUUACUUCCGACAGACAGACCUGAUCAACCCGCUUCGCGCGUGUCUCAUCACCCUUGGCACUGUCAUCCUCCUGUCCGGUGUUCUCUCCCUUUCAUGGCGCCUAACCGAUGAACAACACCCUCCAGCAAUAGGACAGUCCACGCUCGCUCCUGGCUUGGGUCUCGUUGAAGAUACAGAGGGAGAGGAGGAUUUUGAAGAGGACGUCUCUCUUCAUUCAGCCUUGCUGGACAAUGAAGAACGAAGCAACCUGGAUACAGUGCCCUUGCCCAGCUAUCAAACUUUUGGUUCUCCGCCAGCGCCCUCUCCAACCAUUUUUACACAGCCUACAACUCCAGGUACCCGCAGCCAGACCCUUAUGAGCCGCUCAAGAUUGCGUAGCACCCCUUCUCGCUGGCAAGAUGCCGGCAUUUGGGGCGAGCUUGACGAUCGCAGCACAACUGCACCUCAGUCUCCAGCUGUCAGCAAGCGCCGGUUGGCAUCUAUGCCGAUCACUACCAAUCGCUCCGGCGAAGAAGCAGAGCCUCUCCUUGGAGGGACUAGGAGAAGUCUUGGCGGUGGGGGCGGCUACGUAUGA